GAGACACCUGCUCACAAGCGCGGAUAUGUGAGCUAUGAGCUGGAUGAGUGGUCGGUCGUUUCUGGGCCACCCUCUACGUUGAGUCUUCUCCGUUCAAGUGCUUUUAGUCAUGCGCCGAAGAAAGACCUGCCAAUAUUCGCUGCGUAUCACGCAGCACAUCUCAGAGAACCACCUUACAACGAUAUACUGGGAUAUUCUCCCCUCUUGGACGCGCCACUUUCAUCCGGAGUGAUGAUUCUGUCAUCAAAUACCGGAGAGGUGCUGCACGGCGGCUCAUUGCGUGAUGUACUGCGACAGGCAAUCCGUGACAUCCUGCAGCGUCCGUCGCGCCCAUCAACAGUGCUUGGGACUUUGACGAAUUUCUUGAAGCAAGAUACUUCUGUUCCAAAGCUUUUCACUUUUGGACCGACAGCUCAGUGGAAUGCAUUUUAUCAUCGUCUGACCACCAAUGGUUGUCAAGUCCAAACGAUUUCCGGACUUAGCCUUGAUCGUCGACAACACAAGGAAGAGGACCGAAAUAACAAAGCGAAAGACAGUCAUCAAGAGAACCGAGAAGACUGCGAGAACGACGAUGAAGACAACCUGGUAGCUAUCACUGGCUACUCCGGCAGAUUUCCUGGGGCUGAGAAUGUCGACGAGUUGUGGCAAGUUCUUUGCGAAGGCCGCGACACAUCAAGUCAGAUGCCACGGGGAAGAGUCUCCGAAGCAUACACUUGGGCAGUGCCAAGUGGAUGUUUCAUUGACAGAGCAGGCCACUUUGACAGGCAAUUCUUCAACAUGUCCGGUAGAGCCGCUCUGCAGACAGAUCCGUCGCAGCGCCUUCUACUACUAACGACCCAGGAGGCAUUGGAUAUGUCAGGAUACAACCCAUCAAUUCAUACGAAACACGUCGGCACCUUUGUUGGACAAGCUACAGACGAUUGGCGUGAGCACAACAUGGCACAGGAUGACCCCUAUUAUGUGACUGGAGGCAUGCGUGCAUUCGGUCCGGGGCGUUUGAACCAUUUCUUUGAGUGGGACGGCCCAUCACUGUCUAUUGACACUGCUUGCUCUUCGAGCGCAAUGGCUUUGGAUCUCGCCGUUCAGUCUCUCCAAGGAGGCAAAUGCGAGAUGGCAAUUGCUGGCGGUGCUAGUAUCAUCUCAGGUGCUGCAGAUGCAGGCAUGUACGCCGGCCUUAGUUGUGGCGGCUUCCUGGGUGCCUCAAAGACAGCCUGCAAGACUUUCGAUGCCGCGGCAGACGGCUACACUAGAGCCGAAGCGGUCGCUGUUGUGGUUCUCAAGCGCUUGAGCGAUGCUCGCAGAGACCGCGACUUUAUACACGGUGUUAUCAGGGGUAUUGCCACCAAUCACUCAACUGACACCAAUCCCAUUACGCGUCCUUCUGCCGAGGCCCAAAAUUUUUUGUUGCGCCAAGUUCUCCAACAGUCUCUACGGCAUCCUGCAGACGUGUCAUAUGUCGAGGUGCAUGGCUCAGGAACUCAAGCGGGCGAUCGUGCUGAAGUUGAGGCAGUGGCAGCUGUUCUUGGCGGCAGCCAGCGUCGCCGCAGUAGUGUGUUCAAUGGUUCGUUCAGAAAACUGAGGAUUGGCAGCGUCAAGGCCAAUAUCGGACAUAGCGAAGGUGCGGCUGGCAUAUCAGGCCUCAUCAAGGCGCUGUUGAUGAUUCGUCACUGUCACAUACCUCCACACAUUGGGGUCAGAACGACUACAAACCAUCAUUUCCCUGAUCUGGAAAAGCUGGACAUUUCUAUCAAUUUGAGACAGGAGUCGUUGGUACCAGAAGACGAAGCGGGGAAUCAUCAAGCCCCGGCAAACAUCAUUAUCAACUGUUUUGGGGCAGCCGGUGGAAACACCAGUAUGUUGGUCCAAAGCUUCACGAAUCACACAAGCCAGGCCGAAGAGCACUUCAACCAACGACGGACCCAAACGAUCGACCAGCAUCACCGGCUGGUGACAGUUUCGGGCAAGUCUCCGUCUGCACUCCAGGCAAAUAGGCUAAGGCUACUCGAUUUCCUGGAGGAGAAGCCCACCACAUCCAUCGAUGACCUCUCUUACACUGCGUGUGAGAGGCGGAGCCAUUAUCCAUACCGGUCUGCAUACACAGCUAAAGACACCAUCGACCUUGCUAGGCAGCUCAGAGAUAGCACGAAAGGAAAUGAUCAUACAUCAGCGCGGUCAUCUCGGCCAUCACAGUUACCAAACGUUGUUUUCGUGUUUUCUGGACAAGGUGGAAAGGUGGCCGGUGCUGCCCAGCAGUUAUUCAGCUAUAACGACAUCUUCAGGCAAGCUAUAUGCGAUUAUAGCCAAUUGUGCGACUCACUGGGCUUCUUUGGCGUAUUCGAUCAUCUUACAGCCCAAGAAUCAGAAAAGGCGUCGUUAAGUGCAGUAUUGGAGCAGGUUGCACUCCUCGUGUUCGAGCUUGCUCUCUGCAAAAUGUGGCAAGCUUGGGGUAUCCAGCCCUCUGUCGUAAUUGGUCAUAGCCUUGGAGAAUACGCUGCGCUUCACGUAUCUGGCAUUCUCUCUGCUUCAGAUACGAUCUGGCUCGUAGGGACUCGUGCUGGUCUGGUGCAAGAGUUUUGCAAGGCCGAUACGAAACGCAUGCUUGCUGUCUUUGCCGAGGAGGAACGCCUUAUUCCCUUCAUAAAAGACUGUCCCGUGGAAGUAUCUUGCAAGAACUCGCCUUCACAAACGGUUGUUGGCGGGUCUUUUGACGACGUCCUGGAGUUGAAAAGCCGUCUUCAGAAGCAGAAUAUCAGGAGUGCUCUGGUGGAAACACCAUAUGCCUUCCAUACCGGCCAAAUGGACAACAUCUUGGAGAGGUUGCGAUGCAACGCCAAACAGGUCUUGUUCAAAGAUCAUCCAGAGAUCAACUUUGUGUCGACUAUGACUGGAUCAUGUGUGGACUCCUGCCCGUCCUGGUCAGAGCAUUUGGUAAACCACACUCGCCAGCCAGUCCUUUUUGCCAAAGCUAUCCAAUCUACAAUCGACUUGAACCCGGGCCGAAAGACCUUUUUUAUGACUAUCUCACCGACGCGGAUAUGCAGAGACCUGAUUGCUGCCAACAUCAAUACAACUGGGGGAUAUCUCGCAGAAGUAUUUGAUGCGAUGGGUACUAGUAAUCAUGGGUGCAUUGACAACAUCGCUCUCGGCUUGGCGAAGAUGUACAACGCGGGGAUUAAUAUCAACUGGGGCGCCUAUCACAGAUCAAUGAAACAUGCCGGAAGGCUGCUGGAGUUGCCAGCUUACGCAUUCGACCUGAAAGACUUCUGGAUUCCUCUUCAUCAAAAACUGCCUGUCUCGUCAUCGCGUAUGUCAACUUCGCGAUCGUCAUCACCAACCGCCAUCAACACCCCCACUACAGACGAGGAUGAUGAAGAUGACUGCCUCAAGGUAGCGCACAAGACGAACCUUCAAGAAGAACCUUUCAGAAGCCUCAUACUUGGCCAUGUGAUACGGAACAAGGCCAUCUGUCCUGCGGGCGUGUUGAUUGACAUGGCUUUUGACGCCGUGACACAGGUCAUGGGCGAACUCUCCAGUCUUGACACUGUUGAAUUGAGGUCAUUGUGUCUUAAGGCAGCUGUCAUGGUAUACGACGACGUGUGUGUCAACCCAGUUCAGAUUCUUCACACUAGUGUGGAGAAAGUCAGAGGGGUUCCAGAAUUCGCCGUGACUUUCUCAGGCGAACGUGGAGUACACCACGCAAGUUGCUAUGUGCGGGCGACAGGAAACCUUGCCGAUUUUGGUGGCGAGACUACAGCAACGUCGCUCCUCCGAGCAGUAUCUCGUAUGACCCGGCUGCGAAACAACACGGACGCUAACCGCCUCACACGGACAAUGAUCUACAAGAUUUGGGCACCAGUCAUGCAUUACGCUCCGGAGUAUCAUGUCCUUCAGGAUAUCGUGCUGUCGCCAGUCGGCUACGAAGCCUCCGCAAAGCUCAUGGCAACAGCGAGGGAGCCAGACAAGCAGGCAUUCAUGUUGGAUCCCGUCUGGCUGGAUGGUGCGAUGCAAGCUGCUGGCUUCACGGUGAACAUGAGCGUCAGCGCUACUCCUGGAGCGGUGUAUGUUCUGACCGAGUGUGCAAGCAUCCGCUUCUGGGAGGCUCCGGUAGACAACAAUGUCUACACCUGCUAUGUAAAGGGAGAGUCGGACAGCUCAGGUGACGUUAUCAUUAGCGUCACAGUUUUCGACGAGGAGCACGAUUUGCGCCCAGUAGCUACCAUAACUGGCAUGCUGUUUCACAGGCUCAAAGGCAAGAAUGAACCCAAGCCAAACUUAUUCAAAAGUUCUAUCAACACAACCGAGAGAACGGAAGCGCUGUCAAAUUCGACCCGGGUCACUGUGCCCUCGACAACGUCAGCCAUGAACAGAAGUUUGUCCCAGGACGGGUCGAACAAUGGCUCCAGGCAGACAGAGCCAGAAAGCCGGAAUGAACAGCUUCGCAAGCUCAUUUCAAUUCUUGCCAAAGAGACUUAUGCCGACCCCGCGGAGAUUGAAGAAGAAACUUCACUGGCAGACCUGGGUGUGGACUCCUUGGUGGCACCCACUGUGGCAGAUGCCAUUCGAGUCCAGUUAGGGAUCGAAGUGCCGCUGAUAUCGUUGCUCGAGGCGCAAACUGUCAAUGAUCUCUCAGCAAUCUGCUUCAGUCUAAUGUCAACAGACGAGGACGGCAGAACCGAUCCAGGAUAUCAUUUAGAAGCGAUUGUUGCCGGGGAGAGUAAUACACACAGCGCUCACCAAAAUGCAGUCGCAAUGACCUCUGCCAGCAGCACUGACCUUUCAAGCAGAAUUGUGCUGUUACAGGGCUCCAGUCGUUGCACACGCACCAUAUUUCUGCUUCCAGAUGCCUCCGGGAGCAGUUCUGUGUACGCAGGCCUUCCACCGCACCUGUCCGCCCAGACCAACACUGGCAUCUAUGCUCUCGAGUCUCCGUAUUAUGGUAUGAGCAGCUUUCCUGAUAUAUCUGUGGAUAAGUAUUGUUACACUUUCGUCCAAGCAAUUCGACAAUUCCAGCCCUCGGGCCCUUAUCUUCUCGGUGGGUGGUCAAUUGGCGGCCGCCUUGCUUACGAGUGUGCGAGGCAACUCAUACAACAGGGAGAAACGGUUGCGGGACUGCUUCUUAUUGAGUCAUACGCGGAACUCACAUCAGAGCUCUCUUGCAGCCCCAACGCGAUCUUAUUGGAUCAUCUUGAGGCAAUAGGCUUCUUCGAAUGGUCGGGAGGCCGAACGAAUGCCAUGCCAGAGUGGCAAAGAAAGCACAUGCUGCAUCUCAUUCUCAUGAAUAGCGCUUACAGCCUCCCGGCUUUGGGCACGGGGGCGAACGACAACUCGAUACCAGUGCAGCUGGUAUGGUCCGCCUAUGGAAAUUUCGAUCUCUUCCCAGCGAAGGUCUUGGAGAAACGACACGAGAUGGAAGACGGUAUCAUGAGAAGGACGAGCAGAUCUGAUCAAGAUCUCUGGUUGAAGGCACCACGAUCAGCAGAUAUGACGGCCAACCUGACUGAAAAGUGGCGACUACUGGCAGGACCGGUUUUGCGUCAGAGCACUGUCGAGGGAGAUCAUUUUGACAUCAUGAUCCCCAGUGCACGUGAGGAUUUAGGAGCUGCGAUAUUGCAGGCUUUGAAAUGGUUUCAUGGGGAUCCGUAG